GUUUGUUUAUUCUCAGAACUAUCCUGAUGUCAGUCAACGAAGCAAUUGUUGUGCUGGCGUGACACCCGCGCAAAGGUCCGAAUAUGUCCGGUUUUGUGCAAGGGAUCAGUGAGAGCGCGCCAAUUGGGCAAAUGUUUCCAUGUUGCUCCAAGGGCGCGUGUGCACGAGUUUCCCCGCUCCUCUUGCAUUUGAACAAGAAGCACUCUCACCCGAUUGCAUCUUCUGUAGCUGGACCAGGACCAGUCAACACUUUCAAGUCGACGGAUCAAUAGUCUUCGCCAUGGAUGAGCAGCCUGUAAGACGACCCUACAGAGGCUCAUGUCAUUGCGGUGCGACGCAGUACAUCGUCUUCCUCUCGUUUCCACACGCCCAACCUCCCGCGCGGGUCCCUAGGGCCGACGCACGAACGCAUCAAGACUUUUACAGAUGCAACUGCACCACCUGCCACAAAGCCGGAAUAUUUCACAUGCGCCUCGCCUCGGCCCCGGAGGAUUUUCUCCUCCUGAAGCCCCUAGACCCGUACAACGACCUAGGCGACUACACAGUCUAUGAGAAAGACCUACACUUUCUCUUUUGCAAGAGCUGCGGAAUGCGAUGCUUUACGUUUAUGGGCAAGGGCGAGGUGGCAGACGUGGAUCUACCGGCCCUGGGAAUCGGUGCCGGGACCGACUCCGGGGUGGAGGAGGGGGAGACCCGCGGCAAAGACGGGUCGACGGCGGCGGCGGCGGCGGCGGGCGAGAAGAACAUGACAAAGGUGUGGAGACCGAAGAAGGAUGGGUGGGUGGAGGGCAAGAAGUUCGGAAGCUAUUUGAGUGUCAACGGAUAUUCCGUCGACGCCGGCCAAGAUGGAUUUGAUCUACGCGAGAUAACGGAAAAGAAAUGGGUUGGGUAUUGUGAUUGGCUUGAGUUGCAUUCCGAAGGGUCUCAAGGGACUCGACAUGAUCGGCCCUGGGAAGGCGGCGCUUAUUGAGUUGGUGAUGUUGGUUGACCUGGUUCGACUGGGCCGGUUAGUCAAAUCCCGGACUGAUAGGGGAAUGAAGCGAACGCGUUAGGGUGGAGAUGAGCUGAAUGCCAGGCUGGUUGGAACCUGGCAUAUCUUGGUUACGCCGGUGGGAGGGGGUUCGUCGGGAUAUGGAUUCCCCUCGCAAUCCAUAAAAGGAUUCCGGCCCCUGAUACGUCUGCCGAUUCUGACUUGCUCCUUUUACACCUUCGUAGUAGCAUUUCGUAACAAAUGUGCCGAUAGCUCUGAUAUCCAAGAUUAUUAGCACUAUAAUAAUGCACUAUUGACAUCCUUG